AUGAACAUGCUGACUGUGUGUGCACUGGUUUGUACCAUAGUGGCUCUGGCUGGAUCUGCUGCACAGGCUCACCUGGUCAAGAGGUCCCUCAGAUGUGGUGGUGGUUGGUUGGAGUUCAAUCGCCACUGUUUCUACUACAUUGCAAAACCUAUGCCUUGGGCUAGAGCUGAGAAAAACUGUAUUUCCCUGGGGGGACACCUUGCAUCGGUUCACAACUUCUCGGAGUACCACGAGAUUCAGAGGCUCAUACUGAGUGGUAGUCAUGAGUACAAAGAAACCUGGAUUGGUGGCACUGAUGCACAGGAGGACAGCUAUUGGUUUUGGAGCGAUGGCAGCACUUUCCCCUAUACCGACUGGUGUCCUGGAGAGCCCAAUAAUCAUAAAGGUCCCCAGCAGUGCUUGAAAGUUAAUCAUGGAGCUGGAAAGUGCUGGGAUGACGUGGGGUGUCACAUUAAAAGACCUUCAGUCUGUGCCAAGAACAUGUGA